UUUUUGUGUUCUCUUCAGUGAUAUCAAUCCAAAAACCAAAGACAUCACAAUUGACAUAUACAACUAUGAAAAAACUGAGAAAGAUUCUAACUGUCAUAUGGGCGACAAUGAGCUUACAGAAGAGCAAGAUGACUACCUUGGUCAGGUGAUUGUGCCUCUGUCAACUGUAAACAGAGACCAGACCUGCCGUCUGAUCCUCCCUGUUCUGCCCAAGUCAUCAAAGAGUGAACAUUCUAAAGGAGACAUCACCUUAGAGUUCACUUUUGAUAAGGAUGGAAAAGUUAUUGAUGCCACACUGCCUCUUGUUAGCGGGUUUGAGCGAAAAAGACUGUCGAGUGAUCCUGAGGGACCUAGUGCCCAGAGCACCCCAUCAGAAGAGGCAGCCUCGGUUUUCAUGAACGGUGAGGAACCUGGUGUGGAGUUAAACGGACACAUUCCAGUUCGUAAACGCUACAUAGAGUCAAGUCUGGAUGAACUGGCCAUGGAGAUCGAAGCUUAUGAAGCAAACGAAGAAAGACCUAAGCCUGCUGAAUAUCAUCACAAUGGAGAUAGCACUGAUGAACAACAUGCCGAGCCUGAAUCACCCAAGGAACCGCCUGCACCAAUUGCUGUCAUAGCAACACCAGAAGCUGGGCCAUCUCACGAGAAGGUGGAGAUAGAAGAACCUGUUGAGGAACCGGUUAAAAUGCCUAUCGAGGAAACACCUGAUGUUACUGAGGUGGAGAUUGAGAAGAAAGAAACAGAAGAGGAACCUCGAGAGGAAACUCGAGAAGAACCCCAAGAGGAACCUCAAGAGGAAGAUAAGAAAGAGGAAGAUAAGAAAGAGGAAGAGAAUCAAGAAGAAAAAGAAGACGAAAGUGAGAGAACAAAAGAACAAGAAGAAGUCGCUGAAACGAAGCCUAAGACGCGAAGGUCUUUUAGGUUAUUUAAAAGAAAACAAACUGAUAAGAAAGCUAUUAAGGAUGAAGAGAAAGUUGUGGCAAGUGAAGAACCAGAAGGAGAAAACAAAGAAACGCAAGAAGAAGUUGAGAAAGAGGAAAUUGCAGAAGAAGAAGAAGACAAGAAAGAAAGUGUAAACGAGGAUGAGAAAGAAGAUACACAAGAACAGGAAGUCACAAACGAACCAGAAACUGAGAAAACACAAGAACAGGAAGAGAUGCUGGAGCAAGCUUCAGAACUGAACACAAAACCUAAGCUGCGUAGAUCGUUUAAUCUUUUUAGGAAAAGACCAGUAAGCAUGAGCGCAGCAGAUAGGAGCGGGACAGACAAGGACGAAGAAAAUGUCCUGUCUAGGGAUGAUCCAAUCAGACACUCUUAUCAUGCAGGGGAUCUGCCCGUCCCAGACCCCUCCAACUUGCGUAAAUCAACCAGUCAGUCUUCACUUCUCAGCUACUCACCCAAUCCGUACUCUACAUUGGUUAUUGAGUCAGUGCACAACGGCAAGAAGAAAUAUUCACACAUUCCACCUGUCAUGGCCAAAAGACAAGCUUACGAGAAAGGAGGCAACAAGCUGCACAUCUACAAUGAUCACAUUUUCACAGCAGUCCACUUCUCUGGAAGCCCUCCAGAAUGCGGUGUAUGCGGGAAAGCAAUCAAAGGAAAAAUCGGAAAACAAGGCUAUCAGUGUAGAGAAUGUAAAUUGGUGACACACAGGAAUUGCCAUUACGAGACCACAGCCAUGUGCACAAGUGAUGCAGUUAAACACCUUGACAUAGAAUAUGUUGGAGACACCGAGGUCUGACAAAGAAGAACAACGACUUGUUACAGAUUCUCUCACGGAAACGACCUAACCACUCAAUUCCUUCUUUCAUAUCGUUCGUAGAUAGAAAUUAAUGCCUUCAAAUUAAACUUAAAAGUGAAACUAUAUGUAAACAAAGGUAAGAGUAGAUGCUCUGUGCUAAUAAUGACUGACUUUAUGAACUGAAAGUGUUGUACCAAAUAGUGCAGAAGAGCUCAUUACAGAAAAAUAGAGGGCCUGAGACGAGAGUGAGUGCGCGUGUACGAGUAUUAUGGGGCUAGUUUUGUUUUAGUGGGGAGUGGAGGAUGAUGAAAGAAACAGUAAAAUUGAAAAACAAAACUCUAAUUGUCACUCGACCCGCUGUCCCUUCCCUUAGUGUUAGCAAUCACCAGUUGGGCCAACUUUUUGACUCGCCCCAGUUCUCCUCGUUUGGCCACAACGUAAAUGUAGAAACCAUCCAGCUUCAAACCCAAAAACAGUCUUUCAAGCGCCCGCGCGUUCUCGGCGUUUUCUUAAUUAUGUUGUUUCGCUUUGUUACGGUUACACCAUUGGAAACCGGUUAGAAAAGGCACCUUAGAAAGUUGUUGUGUCAUAAUUGCGUGUUUGAUAAAAUGAGGACGUGACCAUAAGCAUCUUAUCACCCAAAGGUGACCUCUAAAGAUGCUUAAGUUGACUAAGUUGACCUCUAAAUAUGCUUUCGUGCCAAAGUGAUAACUCUUCAUGUAGGUUGAUAAUCGGACUCUUCUUGGGAUGGGGAAAGAGAGUUCAGGAGUUAGAACCAAGUAUUGAAGCCGUCAGGGUUCGCUUCUUUUGCACUCAGGUCUUUUUGUGUGGGUGGGGUGAGGAUGUCUUAGAGUUUCGGGUUUAUUGUCAUUACAAACUGUUAUCAUCAUUGUGCCCAUAUUUAUUGCUCGAAGUAGCCGAAAAUCGCAACUCCAUGAGGACAAAAAGUCCAAUAUCAAUGUAUACUUAGAGUAGAAAAGAGCCAUUAACAAUCUUCAUUGAAAGGAUGUAACUAAAAAGUAAAUCAAUACCAUUUAUGCUAGGAGNGGGGGGGGGGGGG